ACCCGUAGCAAAUGAUGAGUGGACUUUAAAGUCUCGUGUCCCAGCGAGCAGGUUUUGAUGUGUGCCAGGCCGCAGAGAGGACGAGGGUCAUCAAAGAAUCCAUUCAAGCAUCAAAGGAGCUUUUCAAGCCGCUUCUCACACCAAGCAAACCACAAGAACAAGACGUCCGGCUGGCCGCCCCCCGGUCCAGCCACCUGGGGAGGACUGCAGGGGCCGCCGUACAGCUGGGACAGCAUGAACAACAGCAGGGAUGGCCGGAACUGUCUUACCCACCAAGUGUCGCAGAGCAGCUCCCUGGAGGAAGUUCAUCUGGAUGGACUACCGCCUGCGCCUCGCCUGGUGGAGAUGAGGCGUGAUCCUGUCCUGGGUUUUGGCUUUGUGGCUGGCAGUGAAAAACCAGUCGUGGUUCGCUCCGUCACGCCAGGUGGUCCAUCAGAGGGAAAGCUGUUGCCAGGGGAUGAGAUCAUUCUGAUCAACGAGGAACCUGUCAGUUCGGCUCCAAGAGAACGAGUAAUCGACCUUGUCAGGAGCUGCAAAGAAUCCAUCCUAUUGACCGUUGUCCAACCAUAUCCCUCCCCUAAAUCAGCGUUCAUCAGUGCAGCCAAAAAAGCCAUGCUCAAGUCCAAUCCGGUCAAAGUGCGCUUUGCCGAGGAGGUCAUUAUAAACGGCCAGGUUCCAAACCCAGUGAAGGACAACUCUCUUCUGUUCAUGCCAAAUGUCCUUAAGGUCUACCUGGAGAACGGUCAGACCAAGUCUUUCCGUUUCGACAGCAGUACCUCCAUCAAGGACGUGAUCCUGACACUGCAAGAGAAACUAUCCAUCAAAUGCAUCGAGCAUUUCUCCCUCAUGUUGGAGGAGAGGAUUGAAGGCCGCGGAAACCGACUGCUUCUGCUGCACGAACAAGAGAUGCUAGCUCAGGUGACUCGCAGGCCCGGCUCUGAUAAGAUGAAGUGUUUCUUUCGGAUCAGCUUCAUGCCCCGAGACCCUGUGGAGCUGCUGCGGAGGGACAGCGUGGCGUUUGAAUACUUCUAUGUUCAGAGUUGCAACGACGUGGUGCUGGAGCGGUUCGGCCCGGAACUGAAGUAUGAUGCGGCGCUUCGACUGGCGGCGCUGCAGAUGUACAUCCUCACCAUGACAACCAGACAAAGCCAGAAAGUUUCACUCAAAUACAUCCAGAAGGAGUGGGGCCUGUCGCUGUUCUUGCCACCCGCGGUGCUGACCAGCACGAAGGAGAAAAACAUCAAAAAAGCACUGACGCACAUCCUCAAAACCAACCAGAACCUCGUGCCUCCCGGGAAAAAACUGACUGCUUUGCAGGCCAAGGUGCAUUACCUGAGGUACCUCAGUGAGCUCCAACUUUACGGAGGGAGAGAGUUUCAAUCAAUACUUCUGCAAGGCGAGAAGCAGACCGACGUGACGUUGUUAGUGGGCCCUCGUUACGGCAUCAGUCACGUGAUCAAUACCAGGACCAACCUGGUGGCUCUGUUGGCUGACUUCAGCCACGUGAACCGGAUCGAGAUCCUCACAGAGGAUGAAAACAAUGUCCGGCUGGAGCUGCAUGUUCUGGAUGUCCGGCCCAUCACACUCAUCAUGGAGUCAAAUGAUGCAAUGAAUCUGGCCUGCCUUACCGCAGGCUACUAUCGCCUCCUAGUGGACUCAAGGAGAUCUAUUUUCAACAUGGCCCACUACAACAGCCCAAUGGGCGAUGACAACAGCCAGGAUCGCAUCCUGGAAUGGCCAUACAGCACAUCCUUCGGGGACAGCGAGGAGCUGUCAACCAGCCGGGCGGAGCUCUACAGGGACUCUCAAUAUCCGGAUAACGGGCCACAAGAAAACAGCCUCUCGUCUUACUUUCAUCAUUCUCGAAACCCCGACAGAGACCCGGAGACACGACAAAGUCCAGUGCCUCCUCCUCUACCUCCCGCCACCAGACACAAACCCCAAGACUCACCUCGUAGUGCCAAAGUGUCGUUUAUUUUCGGAGGAGACCCACCUUUGAACAAGCCCAGGAGUUUAGGCUAUGAACAACUCCAGGAGAACGCUGAAGAACCCGGGCAUAGUUCACCCUACUUGCACAAUACAGACUUUGGGGUCCAGGACAGAGUGCCCUUUCAAUUCAGUGGUCUGACGCAUGUCUACAGCAACAUAAUAACCGAGGAAGGUGGCGAGGAGCCGUUGUUAAGAGACCUGUUCUACCGUGACACGACAGACGAUGCGGAAGAUGACGACGAGGCCUCCUGUGAAGAGGACUCCACUGGGGGUACACCAUUGGGGGAAGCGGAAAGAGGAUUGGCAACGGCGGCGAGCAAAACUACCUUCCUCAGCUUCUCCGGUUCUACUGAUGACAUCAUUGACCUUACUGCCCUGCCACCGCCUGAGGGCGAUGACGCCGUCGACGACGAUGAGGAUGACUCGCUUUUACAGACGCUUAACCUCGCAAUCGCCGCCCCUCCACCGGGCUUUCGGGACAGUUCAGACGAGGACACGGUACCCGAGGGCAGGCCACUAAGCCUGCAAGAUAACGAUGAUAUUCCGGUCUCAUUAAUUGAUGCAGUCCCGACUCAGGCGGAGGGAGGAGGAGAGGGGAAGAGGCAGCUGGAGAACACAGUCGUGAACACUCUGCAGGCACUUGAGGCUUUGUCUGUCUCUGAACAGAGACCUCCGCCACCACGUCCGCAAACCAGCAGUAACCAUUCAGGGGUUUACACAUCUCAACGCCUUAGCCCGGGGUCUUCGUCUGACUCCGGAAAUGAGACUAACUCUUCAGAAAUGACCGAACUUUCUGAACUGGCUGCUACUCACCGACUCAGUGAGAGCCACAUGCGCCUCCUGGUGGCCACGAGGGAGGGGUACCAACCUUUACUGGAAGAGAAAACCGAGUUUCCGGUUUCUCCCAGUGCUGAAGGAACAACCCUGAAGAAAUCCCGUAGUCCACAGCAUCUCCGACCACCCGCCGUUCCUCCGAGACGUAGCCCACAUUUGAACACAAUGUCAUUACGGCCAGCCAGCGUGGAAGGAAGAUCUCACUCAAACCUUUCCUCCACUCUCCAGCGUCCCAGUUCCACAACGCCAGGUGGCAAGCAUCACAAAAAGUCUGCAGACUCAAGCGGGAAGUAUAACACCUUUAGCACAAGAGAAGGCUACCGAGGUGGAAGUAGUGGCAACCUCCAUCUUGAAUUCAAUCAGCGUACCUCAUUUUGUGAUCGAGGAGGAAGCCAAAGAAGACACGAUUUAGUUUUGGAGGAAAAUUCCCAAGCUGAGGGCCAUGAUGUAAGCAGCCAUAGAAUUCCCCGUCCCGCUUUCUCAACAUCUGAUCGGCUUUUAGAUGGGACAACUCUUGGAGGGUGCUCUGCAGAUAAUAGAGGUGUUGAGGAAGACGAACAUCUGGUUGUAGCAUCAUUGUUGUCUCCGACUAAAAAACCCAGAUUGGGGGGUUCUGACCAAGGAUCAGACAUACAGAGUGACCAUCAGCCUAUUUCAAGACAGCAGAGUGUUGCACGGUUGUGUGAGUAUCAUCUAGCAAAAAGGAUUUCAAACUUACAGGGUGAAGCUCAAAGUUCUCUUCAGGGCUCCCUGUGCUCGUCACUGGAUGCUGGAGGCAGUGCAAACAGCAGCGUCUGCGCCACCCCAACCGACUCACCGCUUGGUCCGGGCGCCAUUGAGUACAAGCACCACCGGAUGCAAAGACACCCACUGUCUAGCUCCUCUUCAUCAUUACUCAGGGUCCUAAACUAUGAAGAACUUAAACCUGGGCAGAGCCCCCAAGCAAAAGAUGUUCACCCCCACGCAGACCCGGCCCUCCUUCGGAAAAUGCUGCCCAAUAUUCAUGCUCCUUCUACGGGGGCUGAUCCAGGCCGUCCCUCGUCAGCAACACCUUCAAAGCACAAAGAGACAAUUACGAGCAAAAAGCCGUGUUUGAAGGGGCCAAACCAGAAAGAAGGCAGUGAGGCAUACAGACAGUUGAUCAACUAUCUAACAGUAAGCCAAAUGCACCAAGGAGGAAAGUUACACAGUGCAGGAAUGGGAGGAGGUGUAAAAAAGGACACUCGUCGCUAUAUCACAAGCAACCCUCAGCUGGUCGAAAUGGUUAAGAAUCGAGGGAACACAAUCGCUCGAUGCCAGUGUAUGCCAUCCUCCAUGUCGUCUCCUUUUGUCCGCCCAAAUCUGGUAAAUCCAAAUGCCUUGCAACUGACAAAUAGGGAUCAAAAGCCGUACCAUUCUGCCACUCUUCCUGCCAAACUAAAACGAAACCCUGAUAUGUACACUCAGGGCCCCAAUGAUAGGUUAGAUGUGAGGCAUGGAAAUGCUGAGAGGAGAAGCUCUUUUUCUGGACUAGAAAGUGAGUUUGAGAGGAGCGGUAUGGACCCGGAGCACUUUUUGUCACUCUAUAAGAAAGAUGAGGGCGGAGGGACCGUUAGCAGACCACCACCUCGUUCAAGAAGCCAACCUAGUGGAGGCACAGAUGACUGGUUCAGAUCAGACCCAAGAGAAAGGCAAGCAUUCCGUCAACCCUCCUGUCUCAGUGGUCAGCGAGCAGACCUCAACAGCCUCUCGUUAGGAAGGGGUCCUUCCGCUUUCACCAGGCAGGCAUCCACUGUGACUACGGGCGGCAUUUCCUCUCCACCACACCAUCCCCAGUCUCCACUUCCUUCUGUUUUAAUCCCAGCACAAGGCAACACUGCACCUUGCCACUCUGGAUACCCACAGAAUGCCAUCCACUCGACAAUGUCCCGCCCAAACCAGAACUACAUUCAUGCCAUCAGCCCGAUCCCGCCACAAUCAGAUCCCGUCAGCAAUUACUCACAAAGGGGCCGGGAACUAAAACGCAGCUCCAGCAAUAUUACCAAUAGUUCCAGUAGUGUUGAAGUCCUGUUUGAAAAUUCCAGCCGAAGCCAGAGCCAACAGCCCUUGUCACCAUCUGUGCCCCAGCAAGGAGACACUAAAGUCCACAGGAGGCCCGCGAGGAAACGUCUCUCCAAGAGUUACUCACAAGGCUCUGUGUCAUCCCACACUACAUGCUGGUCCUCAAGUAGCAGACGGGCUUCUGUAGCAUUUCCUUUGCAGAAAGAUCAUAAACAAAUUAAGGGCUCUCAAAAACUGGACACUAGUCCUUGGAGGUGCAAUGGACCUUUUAGCUACUGUUUCUUCAAACGUAAAAGUGAGGGAGAAGACGAUGACGAGUGGGAGACAACAAGACAAAGCCGUGGGGGGAGCAACAUGGGCAAUGACUGUGCCGCUUCAUUGGCUAUCUUCCCCUGUGGCUCAGCAGUGGACGCAGCUGGAGAGCAGCUGUAUGGUGAGGUCCUCAACAACAUGAGCUUUAGCGACCGCCUGUCGCGGGUCAACGCCCUCAAGGACCGCAUGUAUAGCUUCCCUUCUGGCUUCACAGACGUCCGCCGCGACACCAGCGAGCUCAUUGCGCUGGUUAGGUCCAGCAUAGGACGCUGCGACCGUGGUGCCCAAAUGCCAAUGCAGGAAGUGUCUCAGUCCAAGCAGCUCCUUUCAGUGGAGUCCAAAGAGUUAGGCCGUGCCUGCAGGCGAAUGGCACAGGCGCACAGCAGCCCUGAAGAGAUGUUGCUCGCUGUGACUUGCAGCUUCCAGGUGCUGUGUUGUCUCUGCGAAGCUUGUAUGGUUCUUGUAAAGGGACUCAGCGCCUCAGCCUCUCACCAACAAAGAGAGGUUGUUGCAAAGGUAGAUGAGGUUGUUAUGAACUAUAUCUGUUUACUUAAGGCGGCUGAGGCUGCAACUGUGGGAGCACCAGGGGAGCAGAGCGUCAAGGCGCUGGUCAGACAUUCUAGUACCAUGUCCGCCAUUGCUAACGCCCUCACGCGUUCUCUUAAAACACUGCUUAGCAAGUAGAGUUUCCUAUACUACAUUUGCUGUCUAGUGUGGCCUAUGCAGUCAGCAGAAGUCUGUCUUGAACUCAUUCCUAACUCUCGAGGCUGCUGCAGAAGUCGCAUGUUUUUUUAAUGCAUGAUCUGGGCAGGAUUAACAUCAAAGUAGGUACGUAAGACUUCCUACCAUUAUAACAAUCUUAAAGGAGAACUACACUUUUUUGGAAUUUUGUCCAUCAUCCACAACCCCUAUGGGAGAUAAGAACAUACGUUUUUCUCUUUUUGGUGGGAUCGAAAUAAUGAUAAACUGCCAGUACGAGCUGGCUGACAAUUCAGGCAAUGGGGAUUCAUCUAAUCGGCCAAUUGCUCGGGUUCCGUCACGUGAUUUCUUCCCAGAAGUGAAAACCAGUGGCGGUCAACCAAGCCAAGAUGGCUGUUGUACAAACUAUAUAAGUACAGAGAGGCUUAAAUCUUCCUGCAAAAAGAAGAUACGAGCAAAAAAUUCAAUAGAUCCCUACACUUGAUCAAAAAAAUGAUUUUUCGAGUGAUAUCAAGGAAAGAUACAACCAUCCCAUCAUUCGGCAUCCCUGUUUCAUGUUCUUAUUUGAAACGUUUAGCGAUAGCGCGGCAUCUCAAAGUCUGCCAGUAGUGGGAGCAAACACAGGAAGUGCUCUUUUCAUUGUUGUUGUUGUUGAUUUCAUAAAACGCAUAGCAACGAAUGCUAUGUGCCCCGUGAAAUCAAUGCGCCCUAGAAAGAAGUUAUUAUAAUGCUUAAAAUAAUCAAAAUACUAUAAUUAUUACAUGUAAUCAUGAAAGUUCCUGUUAUAGCAUUACAUACUAUACAUACUUACAGCAUGUAUAACAAACAUGUUUAAGGUUUUUGGAUGGUUUUUAGAGUGCUUUUCGGGUGGAAUAGUUUGUAUCCCCAUUACCUGCAUUGUUAACCGCCUCUUACUGCACUUUUUUUCUAUUUAGAAUGGACAAAAUAGGGAAAUACGUGUGUUCUUGUCUCACAUUGGGAUUGUGGAUGAUGGGCAACAUUCUCCAAAAAGUUCAGUUUACCUAUAACUCCAACUUAAAAUAUGUUGAAAAGCAAUCCUCACUUAACUUGCUUUUUCUUAAUAUUUUGAUGUAUAUUUCCCGAGCCAUACACAUGUAAUAUAAUAUGUACUAAGUAGAAAUCCCUUUACCUGUGCAUUAUGUAACUUAGUUUUAAAAUUAUAUAUAUAAAUAUAUAUAUAUAUAUUGUACAUAGAUACAGUUGUAUUUAUUUGCAGUUACAAGUAUACAUGCCAUGUAUUUAUCUUUCACUUCCAAGUGCAGUUUUGCUACUGAUGCAUACAAAUGUGAAACUCAGAAACAAUUCUAACUGUACUAAAUUCAAGGUUGUGUUUGUCAACAUGAACGGUCCCUGUUGUGUUGGAAUGUAAUGAUCAUGCAAUCUACUACAAUUGCACCAUAUUUAACAGUGCUUUACAUUUCACCUCUUGAUUUCUUUAUAUAAUAAUAAAUAUUAUAUACCGUAAUAAGCUCUUGGAGAAAAAAUAAUUGUGUACUACUCUCAUCACUACUAUUUAUAAAGGAUUUUAAUUUGUGAUGGAAUAUUUUCCAUUUGAGACUGUAUUAGUUGUAUUCAAAUUAUUUUUACCUUUUUGUGUAUUAUCUGUUUUGGGAUCACCUCCGUGCUUAAACGUUUGUAACUAAACACUAUGUAUCUAAAUGCAGUGAUGUCUUAUGACAAGAUACUUUUUUAAAAAAAGAAAAAAG